AUGGAUGUUGAUAAAAAUUGGAUGAAACUGAAAUUGAAGACAACAAUGAUUUUGCAAUGGAGUGGACGUCCUGUUGUACGAUUCUGUGUCUGUGAGUUGACCUUAGCUUUUGAACCGUUGUCUGCUUUGUCGGCUAAUGGUUUUGUAAGCACUGAGGACGGAGGGACUGGAAGGAGAAGGGAAUGGACGGGAAGGGAGAGACCGUAA